AUUUUCAUACUCCAGACUCCCGGCGUAGGUAGAAGAUGGCAGCCGAGGCGUGAUUCGGUCCGGGCAGUUUCCUCUCUUCUGGCCGCGCGCGCGCGAGAGUAGCAGGGCCGCAAUCCGCUCCGGGUUUGAGAGGAAGAAGUCGCCGGAAAAUAGUGUGCUCUCCCUUCGUGGCUCGGUCUCCUCGUUGUCGGUCGACGGUGCCCGUGGCUCGAAAAAUCCCGGAAGGAAGCUCCCGGAAAAUGAUUUGAGGAGAAAUAGAACGAGGGAGAGAGAAAGAGAGAGAAAGAGAGACUGAUUGACUAACGCUAAAAGAAAGACGGUCAGAGAGAGGGAGAGAAAGAGAGAAAGAGAGGCAGAAUAAGAGGGAUCCGCACCGCUCCGCUCCGCUUCGCUCGGCUACGCUCCGCUCGCGCGACGUGUCCGUCUCGCUGUUUUUCUGUCGUUUUUUUCGUCGCCGUACAUAUACAAUCGCCCACGCGAACGCGCGUAUCCCAAAGAUCGGUACACGAGAUCGCUAGUAUACUAUCGUCGUAUCGAGGAUCGUCUCCGUCAUCCGCUUCGUACAGCUUCAUUGCGCCUCCGAUCCGCUCGGCUCCGCGUAUCGCGUCUGAUGAGCAAAAAGGUGGUAGAUGUCGGUGAUUAUGCGCGUAGUAAUGAGUAAUCCUAUAAAGCCCGUCGGGAUCGCAGCAGCCGCCAUCGUCGCAGUGUUUCACGAGCGUUAUGUAAUAUGGAAUUAAACAAUGUUGUUAAGACGUAAACAUGUUCUGGCUACACUGUGGACUCUUUGUUCUCGUGAUUGCCGUACGUGGAUUUAUUAGCAGCUUAGCCGACACUACAUCCAAGCGAGAAGCCGACUAUACUUUAGAUGAUUCCUUUUGGAAAGAAGAAGAAACUCCCGUUGGUGAGGUCGAACGACUACUACGCGAAUAUCGACAAAACCAGGAGCUAGUACGAAAUAUCGGUGGCCAUUUCUAUCAGAUCAUCUAUCCGGUACAGCUACGGCAUCACGAGAAAAUGGGGAUAUCCACGAGAGAAGUUGGUGUGUCGAAGUUUCCUCAAAGAGGUUACGGAGAUGGAGGAUAUCAAAAUGCUAGAGGCAGAAUGAGAACAGGGAGACAUUUUCACCGGACGUCCCUUCUAAUCAAGGCCUUUAAUCACAAAUUUCGCCUAGAUUUAGAAUUAAAUACGCAACUUCUAGCUCCAAAUCUUAUGCAGAAAGACUUUUUAUCCGGUGCGGAACAAAUAAGUAAACAGGAGAUAGAACAUUGUUAUUAUCAUGGCACUGUGAGAGAUUAUCCAGGAGCAAGCGCUGCUUUUCAUACGUGUAAUGGUGUCAGUGGUGUCAUUCAUUUAGGCAACGAGACUUUCGUCAUUCAUCCAUUUUACGGCGGCGAUUUGUCGCAGAAACAUCCUCACAUUAUAUUUGAAGCCCGAACAAAAGUUAACAAAGGCUGCGCUAAUUCGGGAAGUCUUGACUGGCGUACAAAAAACCGCCGGCAGAAGCACAUUUACGGACUAUCAAAGAUCACUUCCGAUCGAUAUAAAAGAGACGUCCGUGAAGCAACCAAAUACAUCGAAACUGCCAUCAUUAUCGAUAAGGCUAUGUUUGACAAAAGAAACGGUAGUACCAGAGCUGAGGUUGUUCACGAUGCCAUCCAAGUCGCUAAUAUCGCAGAUUUGUAUUUCCGUACGUUAAAUACUAGAGUCUCCGUCGUAUACAUCGAAACUUGGAAAGGUAGCAACCAGGCACAAAUCGAUAACGGUAUCGACAUCGGUCAAGCCUUGUUAAAUUUUAAUGAUUAUACGAUGCGGAGAAUGUUUCAAGUUUCUCAGGAUACCACCCAAUUGCUCACGGGUGAGACAUUCUCAGGUGGAGAAUCAGGGGUGGCUGUAUCCUCGACCGUGUGCACCCAAAGAUCCGUAGGAAUCAGCGUCGAUUUAAACACUUAUGAGCCUCAUCUUUUAGCUGGUACCAUGGCUCACAUGAUCGGUCACAAUAUCGGCAUGAGCCACGACGAUGGAAGAAACGAUUGCAAUUGCCGCGACUGGCAUGGAUGCAUCAUGGCUCAAUCCAUCGUCGGCUUAGAAAACGUUCAGCCGUAUAAGUUUUCCGAGUGUAGUAAAACUGAUUAUAUAGAAGCCUUGAAGAACGGCCAGGGAUUCUGCCUUUUUAACAAACCAAACGAGGUUGAGAUGAGGAAAUGCGGAAACAGGGUAAUCGAUGACGGGGAACAAUGUGAUUGUGGAUCGAUCGAUGAAUGCAAGGAGUACGAUCCUUGCUGCGAUCCUAUCACCUGCAAACUGACAACGGAGGCUGAAUGCGCGACCGGUCCUUGUUGCAGCAAUUGCAAGCUCCAUGCCCGCGGUGUCAUCUGCCGCGAUUCAAUGAACGAAUGCGAUUUGCCGGAAAUGUGCUCCGGCGAUACCGGCCAGUGUCCGCCGGAUGUUUACAAGAAAAAUGGUAGCCCGUGUUCGAACAAUGCCGGAAGUUGCUUCAACGGCGUGUGUCCGGCUCUAGAUUUGCAAUGCGAGCAAGUCUGGGGUUACGGCGGGAUCGUCGCCGAUCAGCAAUGUUUUGAGCAAUUCAAUUCUAAGGGAUCCAUCAACGGUCACUGUGGCACCGACGCCAGCGGCCAUCUUAUCAAGUGUGAGGCGGAAAAUGUUCGUUGCGGAUCUCUUCAAUGUCAGCAAGGAAGCAAGCAACCAGUAAUCGAAGAAAUGAAGGAUUAUUAUUCUAGAACUAUAAUUUCCAUCAAAAGCCAGGAAUAUGAAUGCAAAGCUACGACUGGAAGAGUGGAAGGAUCUGAUAUACCAGGAAUGGGAUUGGUCCGAGACGGUACAUCUUGCGGUGAUAAUUUGAUUUGCGUGAAUCAAACUUGCACGAGCUUAUUUCCGCAUAUCGAUCAAGAGAAAUGUCCUAGUAAUCACGAUAACAACGAAUGUUCGGGAAAUGGCGUAUGUACAAACGUCAACAAGUGUUAUUGCUAUCCCGGUUGGAGCGGACCGGACUGUUCCUUACCGCAAUCUAUUCCAACAGUAUUGCCGACGGCAACAGCCGAGCCCGAAGUAGUUCAAACAAAAUCUGAUUCUAAACUGGAGAAGAAAGAGACCCCCUACGAGAACUACCACGGCUCUAACACUGUAUUUUUAGUUGGUAUGCUCAUGUCGGUGGUAGGGGGUGUUUUCGUAGUAUUUGCUCUGAUGGCUCUCUGCUACAGGUCAGUCGUAGUACAUAAAAACUUCUCCCUCUGUCUCAGAAGGAAGAGCACCGUCCAGAAAUAUGACCCGCCAUACUCGAAAAAGCCGCAGCAGAAGAGCUAUAGCGGAGUUUCCGGUAAUCAUCAUGCGGAAGCUGCGGCGUUGGACACGGUCAAUAAAAUCCUCACUUUCGGCAGAAUGCCUCAUUACAGCCGCGGCGAGACCCAGCGCGUGCUGUUUCGACCCCCGAAUAACGUCGCCACCGCCGACGGGCCAAGAGUCAAGGAGCAUAAACCGCAGCCGAAGAGACACGUGGAGGAGGAAGAUGGAGGUACGGGAGCAGAGGAGGUUGUCUCUUUCAUUGAUCUUCCACCGAACAAUCUCACAAAGUUGCCUGAGAAGGGAAUUUUAAAGAAACACGGUGGUUACGGACUAGGUGGAGGCGCAAUUGAGCAUGUAGAGAGGACCUUGAAUCAGCUGAAUGGCUAUCAUGAGGACAUACUCGAGGUGUUGAAAAACGCGGCGAGUCGUCGCGAUCUCGCGGGUACCCCGUCGGGCAGCAGUAAUCUUUUGGAUGAGGACGCGCUACGCAAAUCGUUGGCCGAAUGCGGUUAUCCCGAUGUUUACCGCAAGGACACCGAUGGUCAGGACAACGGCAUCGAUAAUGGACAAGAGGAGGACGAUGACGACGUGGAGUUGCAACCGCCAUGCGGCACUAUUCGUAUACGCACUCUCGAGGAUCUCAUUCGUCAGCUCGAGCAUCGUGCAACGAGACCUUAUUUGACUGGUCAAAUGAGUCCGAGUGGAUCCGAAGAGAUUCGAAUAUCCGAGGGCGAACCGGAUCGACACUACAGAAUCGAUUCUUCUGUCUGUAGCGAGUCAUCUCAAGGAAGCAGAAGAUGUAGCCGCGGCCGCGACGAGGACGCUAGUAGAUUCGUCUACGGUAGAUAUCGUCAGCCGACGUCCCGAAGUCCUUACGGAAAUCAUCAACACACCCAUCAACACUCCCAUCAAAUGCACCCUGAGGACGAGGGUAUCUAUGAAACUGCCGAUCCUGACAGAGGCUCAAAUACUAGGGGUGAAACACCCGAUUGUGAAAGUGAUGCAUUUAUUCAAGCUCAACAACAAGUAGCCCGGUGGACUAGUGAGGAUGGUGGAGGAGGAGUGCAGCACCGGCCGCCGCAGCAACCACCCCCGCCACCUGCGAUGCCGUUGCCGGUGCAGCAACAACAGCAGCAGCAACAGCAACACCAACUGCCGGUGGAACAACUGCCAAUAAAGCAGCGCGGCUAUUAUCCAUCCCCCCCACAAACCGAAAACAGCCCCGACGCUGGCAACAACGCCGAGGCCGAAUCUGCUCAAUCCCAACAGCAAACGCUAAGCGACGUUCGUGGAAUCGAUGUUAAUCAUUUGCCUAAUAUUAACAAACGCCCACUAGACGAUAACUUUAGUCUAGAUUGUAACAUAAUGAAUAAUGGUUCCCCCAAAGAAUUAAUUACCAACAACUCUAGUGAUAACGAAAAUACUGCCCUACUGCCCCCCACGCAUUUUCCUGAGUACAAGCAUUGAUAAUUAAUUAAUCGAUGACAGAUAGUGUCUGAGGAAAAAGGAGAGAAAAGGGAAAAAAGUCGUAAUAAUAAUAAUAAUAA